AUGUCCGACAUCAACUCAAAUCUAUCCGACAAUUUCGAUGACAAUGAAUAUUAUUAUCCCGAUACAGUUAUUCCCGGAACCGUUCGAGUUAUUCUACUGAUUUCAUUCAUCAUACCUUCUCUUCUUUGUUAUCUUUUCGUCAUUGGUUGUACUCUUGUCAAAAAGUCACUUCGUUCCGCUCCAAAUAACUACAUCAUGUUGUUCAUGUUAUUCACCUCUUUACUUGUUGUUGGUACGGAUAUUCCAUGGGCGAUUUACUUUUAUCAUCAGUACAGAGUAUUAAUCAAGUCACCGAUGUUUUGCUUAGUCUGGUGGUUUAUUGAUGCUUUUGGUUUAUAUACGUCUCAAGUACUAACUGCAUGGGCUACUUUCGAACGACACAUUUUGAUAUUUCAUAGCCAUCUCUACAAUCGAAAACGGGUGAUGAUUUGCUGUCAUUACCUUGCACCGAUUGUUUUGUUACUGUACAUGCUGAUAUUUUAUAUCUACGUUAUAUUUCUCUUGCCAUGUGAAACACGUUGGCAACUAGACGGGAAUUUAUGUUACGAUCCAUGUUAUUUUAGCGACUAUGUUUUUGGUUUUUGGGAAACAAUAUUACACGGCAUGAUAGCAACGACAUUUAUUAUUGUAUUUAGCAGUUUACUCAUCAUUCGAGUCUGUCGAUCAAGGCGUCGUCUACAGCAAUCAGUUCAUUGGGGAAAAUAUCGUCGCAUGUUUUUCCAAUUGAUUUCAAUAUCUGCACUAUAUUUAUCGAUCAAUUUUCCGAUUUGCAUUGUUUACAUAUUUCAUUAUACUUCGGAUUUAAGCUGGACCUACACGUCAGUAGAAGUGCUCUCGUUCCUGAAUUAUUUCAUUCCUCUUCUUCUUCCAUUUGUGUGUCUAACAUCACUUGGAGGUAUCUGGAUCAGUAUAAAGCAAAUUUUGAAGCGGCAGAAGCAUCGACGAGUUGACAUUCACAGUUGA